CACUGCACCCUCUCCAAUUUCAACCGCUCCCUACCCUUCUUCUCACACCUGCAACUCCCUCUUUCUCACAAUAUCUUCCACUCUCACGCUAAGACUACACUACGCCCUUUGCGACGAUUAUCCGCCUCUUCCUCAGCCACUCCGCCCAUCGCGCCGCCUUCUCCGUUGAAAUCAGAGUAUGUUAUCGACCCCAAAUACCUCUCCUGCUCACUGCCAGGGAAGAGUCCGCUUAAGAUUGCGGUUCUGGUCAGCGGUGGCGUCGAUAGCAGCGUCGCUCUCCGCCUCCUCCACGCCGCCGGCCACUCAUGCACCGCUUUCUAUCUCAAAAUUUGGUUCCAGUGGAGAGGAGAAUGCACUUGCAGAUUUGAGUAAGAUCAGAUUAGUGAUAAAAAUGCAGAUCCAUUGACACACGGAUGACAUAUUUGAACAAUGGUUGUCCUUUUGAAUACGUGGUGGUAGUUUUUAGAACAAAAACAAUAAACUAUUUUAGCCUUGGAAUAUAAAUUUGGACUAACAGAAUUUUGGGAUGACAAUCAUUAGAGAUCUAGAUGGAGUUAUUGUGGACAUUUUGUAUGGUUUUAUGUGCUUUUAGUAUUUUUGGGCAAGGGAUCCAGAUGUGACAAUUUUUUGGUGGCUUCAACUAUGUGUGGCCAAACUUUGAGCAUGGGUUGUGGAUGACUUCUUUAUAAACCUCAAGAGAGAAGCAUGAUGUCCUAAUUAAAGAUGUCGUCUUAUGUGAGUUUUCAUGUUGUAGAUUGUAGUUGGAUU